AUGGCUGAGGAAGCUCAACUGGAGCUCCUAAAUCAUAAGUUGCAGCUCCAGCAGGUUGAAGCCGCUUUAGAACUUGAUAAGGAAAAUGAGGAUCUGCUUAAGUUGAAGAAUGACCUAGAGGAGGUCAUUAAGCUGACGAUUGAAUUGAUUGGCAAGCCGGAAAGUUCCGAGGUCAAGUGGAAUGUCGGAGAUAUGUGUAUGGCUAUGUGCUCUAGGGAUAAACUCGAGUAUGACACGACCGAUGUCUGCCAGGUCAGUCUAGCCUUCUGUCUUUCUACUGUUUCUUUUGUACUUACUAUUUAUGGGCCUCAGUGUUCUCGUCCGCAACAUAAAGAGGAGCUAGCCCCACUCUUAGGGAGUAUCAUGUUAUCCCUAGAACUAAAUUUGUCACCUGAAGCCACUCUCAGGCGUUGCAGCUCCAGUGCAGAGAACAAACACCGUGCAGUCGAAAAGAAAAAGAUGAAGAAAAUGAAGGUAUCACAACGCAGAGAAGAGCUAGAAAAGGCGUGUGAGCGCGAGAAGAACCAAUGGUUGAACUUCAACAAGAAAAUGGUCAAGACGGGGAAAAUUAGGAAAAGUAUAUUUGCGUCCCCGGAAACCAUUGAUGGCCGUGUGGGUAUAGGCACUUGCGGAAUUGCUGGCCGACCAAUGACAAAGUUUAACACUCACGCCAGGAACGUCCGCAAAUGA